AUGUCGUCGCACAAGUCUGAUGGCGGUCGAAUACCCCGGCUUAGGGGUGUUGCAUCUCAACCACGCAGCGUGUCAUCGCCGAUGAUUACUGCGCCGGCAAAGCAAACGGGCCUCCCUGGAUCGGUGCCGCCAAGAGCUCAGAUUGGUCCCCCACUCCCUUCUAAUAGGACUAGCAGAGUACCCUCCUUGUCCGUGGCUGAGAAGGGCCAGUUAGGUGCUCGCUCAAACCCUUCCAGAAUACCGUCUAGUCAGGGCCUUCGAUCGUUCUUACCCCCGAGGUCGACUACGCAUCCACUGCCCGCCCCAUCGGGACCUACUGUGUCCCCUGGUAUAAACGCGAACCUAGGGGUACCGCAAAGCUCGUAUUCAGUGUCAAUCUCUUCGAAUAAUAGUCCGCCACUCUCCGCUCGCAGCCGGCCACGGAACGUUCUUCGAAGGAAGGCUCCCACAAUUGGACAACAUACGACAGAGAAACCACCAGCCACCAUGGAAAUCAUCAAACCCGAAAAACUAAACGUAAUAAUUCCAGACGAUGCUCAGUCCAGCAAUGGAAACAUGCACUGCCCUCAGCCCUUUGCGAGCCCAAAGCAGAGAGAUCAGCUAUACUCAACCCCAUCUGCCGUUCGAGAGAGGAAUGUGAGUGGUACUCCGGACAAAGUAUCUUACGGCCCUAAAGAGCUUGCCAGCCUUCGAACCACACUCAAUACACAGAACCUGCCGCCACCAACACCCAGUUUCGCGUCCGCCAGCAGUCCCUCGACCAGAUACUCUGGAUCUCCUGGAAUAUGGAGUCGCACCUCCACUCCGACUUCGUUAUCCUCAUACUCCCCGGGUAUUGUUCAACCGGUCAAAGCUGGCUCCCGCUUGAGACAGCCUAGCCCGUCUCAAACGAGACCCCCGACUUUUUCACCUCGGAUGCAGCAGACCCCGUCACCAAGCAAUCCAAUGAGCUCAGGAGAGUUCAUAUCACCGGUCUCGACCCAGGGAGCAGACUCAACCUCCUCGUUGACCAGGCUCAGACAAAGUGGCCUUGUGACAGAACCCGAUGCUGGGAGGGACCCAUCUACCAACAGUAGUAUUCCCCAACGCAAGACGUCAAUCAAAUCUAGUCUUCCUAGAAGGUCCAGCGGGCUGGCUGAAUCAAGUCGCAGUGCACCUGACCCGAAGUCAUCCAACAUCGAGUCACGUGGACCGUUGAAGAGAGGAGGGUUAUCCCUCAACACGGCACAAGUACCACGGAGACCAAGUAGAGAAGGCACCCACCAACUUGAAUUGGAGCCGUCACCAGUGGUUCAGAGCAAUCUGUCUCCCGAAACAGUGACCGGGCAUAAGAGACGCGGGUCUGUCGAGAGCUCACUCACCAUUGAGAAAUCCCCACUGUCGGUGAACCAGUCCGCGGCCACCUCUGUGGAUUCGCUACAUUCUCGAACAUCUUCUCGGAUUCCAUCGCGCCUACCACCAUCUCCGGAGCUAUCCCGCAAACCACCCCAGACAGUAACAAGAGAUUCGAAAACACCUCAAACUCCUGUCAGUCCUGGCAAGCCACGACGAUUUGGACUCUUUUCCAAGAAGUCUAAACCAGAGCUUGAUACUAAAUCAUCGGAUGAAAUUCGCCCCACUCGCAAGGGUCCGGCUGCUGGAACUGGCCAUGAGGGGUACGGGAGAUAUGGGCAGCGUGGACGCAAGGCAAGUGUUGGCAGCACCGGCGGAGCUAGAGAUAGAUCGACUAGCACGACCAGGAGCGUGUCCAAGUCUGUUUCUAGCAGCAAGGGGAGCGACAGAGGUCGAUCAGACUUUGGGCUCGAUGACUUCUUGCUUCACCGUUUGGAGCCUGUGAUCAUACCGGGUGGUGGCAUUGAUGGAGCGGCCCUGAUUCGAACGCAGAGUGAACAGAGUUCAAGCGGCGUCAGUACCACGUCCACAACGAACAUGGCACCGCGCUCCAAGAUAUCACAAUCACCUGUCUAUUCCACCGAUUCCCUAGCCACUUCGACAGGGACCGUGGAGAAGGCUCGAGACAUCCACCAAAGAAAUAUAUCGCAAGUGGAACUCAACCAUGACCAAGUAGCUCGAGGUGGCUCUUCGAGCUUACAUAGCACCGGUGGUUCUGGAUUGAAACCGGAGCGAAAGAUCUCGCAGGCCGAUGGGAUCAGACACGAAAGGUCUCAGGCGAGUACAUUGGCAUCUUCACCAGAGUCCAAGGCAUCGAACAAUACGAAAAAGCAAGAGAAAAAGUCCCCGAAGAAGGGUCUUGGUCUAAAAUGGAGUUUCUUUCACAGAAGCAAUGACAGUACUGCGAAUAAAGAGCCGGAGCCAUUGACUUCUCCUGUUCCUCAGCUCCAGGCUGCAAUUUCGACUGUCAAAUCCCAUCGACCAGUUGCACACUAUGCCUUUGUGGAUACCGAUUCAGAUCCCUUGGAGGAGAUUAUUCACAACAUUGAGGAUUCGCCUCCUACGGAAGAUGACGGGGUCAACUCACCAGUUGAGAUACCGGCUGCGUUGAAUAUCAGGAAGCCAAGUCCAUCCAUUCUUCUUCCGUCGCCACCGAAAUUACAAGGUGAAUUCACCAGGAACGGUCCGCCCUCGCCAAAGGUUUAUUUCACAAGGAACCCUUUUGAUCCAAGCCCCCAAGCGCAGGCAGAGCCAGUACAGGACAAAGAGCAAUUUCUGGAAAAGCGCACCAGUAGACUGGCAUCUAUUGGGCGCAUCCCACGUGUUGUGUCCAGGAGAGAAAGACAGCAUAGACCUGCGUUUCAAUCCUUCUCAAGGCCAUUCAGUGUGGCUGAAUCACCUUCCCUAACGGCACCAGUGGAUAGACCAGCUGAAUUUUCACCACCUCGCCCUACACCCGAAUCCCAGAGACCCAAACCUCCGCGUGAUCGGCACAAUCCCGCUUUUGAUUUGACUCAACCAUUUGGGGAUCCGACGACGACGCAGAGCAUCCUCGACUUCAUUGCUGGACCGUACUCAAAACACGAGUUCCUCACAUUUUCUCCUGGAAAUGACUCUAUGAUCUCAACUUCCAGCGGAUCAGAGAGUCUUGCCGCUGUCACAGCUGUGAUACCCAACCCGGAGUCAGAGCUCAAUGAGGAUGAGGUAUGGGGGGAGUAUGAUGACCUGAUUGACCAUGUCCUAUCUCCCGAGACUACGAGGUCCGUUUCUCCCGGUGAAAACGAUGCCGAAGGAAAGCUUGAAUUGGCAACCAUGGCUAGUAGAGCGCUUCAAGCUGAACUGAAUGGUCAAGCAGAUAAGCGUGUGCGCUCUUCUCUCAUCGACAAUCCGGCUUUGGCACUUACUCCGGCAUCGCCACAAUCAAGUAAUGGAUCAGUUCACCUUCGCCGGUCCAGGAUCGUGUCUGCUUUGCAUUCAUCCAUCGCCCCGUCUUCGCAGCCUUCAUUCAGUGACAUUAUAAAAGCAUACUGCGAUGAUCAACCAGAGGGCGAAGCGCUUGACCAAAUCGAUCAAGCUACUAUUGUACCCACGAACAAGCAAUCGCUUUACCCCAGCUCUCCUCUAAACCCAUCUCCGAGCUUUGAAACCUGUCGGCAACGGAAUACCAUCUUGUUUGACAUUGCCGAACGAGAUCGAGAAGGGCCCACGGCACAGACAAACAUUCGAUCGGGGUCAUUGAUGACGAGUCGAUGGCUAUCGUUUGGGCGCGUUCUCUUCAGCCCUGCUCACAACCAUGUCAAAGAUGGAGAAGACGAGCGAAUCCUAGUGGUGGAUGGUCUAGGAAAUGACGACUGGUCCUUCUACUGUGCUCUCACCUAUCCAAACGCUGAAGUGCACUGUCUGACUGAUGGACCUGCUCCCGCUACAUUCAAGCACCCUGCUGCCUGGCAACCGCCUUCCAACCAUCAUACCAUUCAUCACGCGAGCCUUGAAGACCAGUUUCCGUUUCCGAAGGGGAGCUUUACCGUGACGGUCUUGCGUUUCCCGGCCGCUUGCUCAGAGUCUGCCCAAAAUAAGAUCGUAUCGGAAUGCAAGCGCGUGCUCCGCCCCGGUGGGUAUAUCGAGAUGAGCGUGCUCGACCUGGACAUGGUCAACAUGGGCAUCCGGACCCGAAAGGCUGUACGGCAGCUGAAGGAGAGAACCUAUCUUACCGACCCCAACAUUAGCUUGAAACCCGCCAGUGACAGCAUCCAGCGAAUGCUAGGCCAGCAUGGGUUUGAUAGCCUCCGAAGAUGCGUUGUACGAAUCCCGACUGCGGGAAUAAUUGUCCGAUCAUCCGCCUCGUCCUCUUCCACAUCCUCGUCGAAUCCGUCCACAAUGGCCACCAAUACCACCCCUUUCACCGUCUUCUCAGGCCCCUCCACCUCAUCCGUGAGUGCACAGUCCAAGGCCCACGGAAAGUCAUCCUCCAAUGACACCGACCUGUCGCUGGGGGAUUUGCUGUCUGAUCCCUCCCCGUCUCCUGCGAACGACGAAUCCAUCCGCAAGAUCGUGGCCAAGGUCGGCCGCUGGUGGUACACCCGAUGUUACGAGAUCCCAGUCCUUCCAAAUGGCGACGCCGACCUCAGCAUCUGGGCCGACCGGAAGGUUCUCCGUGAAUGCCAAAAGCGAGGCACCGGGUUUCGGCUGCUCAUUGCCUAUUCCCAGAAACCCAGCGAGAAACGAAGAACUGCAAGUGUUUGA